GUUGUUUCUAUUCAAAUCAAAAUUAAGUCAUCAAAUACAAUGUAUCUACGGAUACUAAUAAUUUUCAGUAGUGCUGACGCUACUGCCAACUUGAAUUAUGUUGACGGCAUCUCGAGGCCAUUUAGAUCAAACCUACUAACUAACUUAAUCACCAAACCCAAUCGUGAUUCAAUCCUAGCUUAAAUAAGCAUUAAAGGUCCUCCAAUCUCGUAAGCAAAUUAGAGAAGGAAGUUAAGUGAAGAUAUGAGCUCAGAAACCACUCUAGAGCUUCCUGUUAUUGACUUCACUAACCUCAAUAACUUGGCUAAUUGGGAGGCAGUGAAAUCCAAAGUUCACGAGGCACUAGUUGAAUAUGGUUGCUUUGAAGCAAUUUUUGAUAAAGUUCCUUCAGACAUUCGCAAAGAAAUAUUUGGUGCACUUGAAAAGCUCUUCAAUCUCCCUCUACAAACCAAGCAACUCAACGUGUCCAAGAAGCCUUAUUUUGGUUAUGCUGGGCAAUUUCCAAAUAUGCCACUUUUUGAGAGCAUGGGCAUUGAUGAUGCAAAUAUCUAUGAGAAAGUAGAAAGCUUGACCAAAAUCUUUUGGCCUAAUGGAAACCCAAGCUUUAGCAAAACUAUAAAUUCAUUCUCUGAGCAUGUAUCAGAGUUGGACCAGAUUGUUAGAAAGAUGGUUUUGGAGAGUUUGGGUGUUGAAAAGUAUUUAGAUGAGCACCUCAACACAACCAAUUACUUCCUUAAGACUAUGAAAUACAAAGGCCCUGAAACUAGUGACACAAAGGUAGGCCUAGACACUCACACAGACACAGCCAUUCUGACCAUAUUGUUCCAAAGUCAAGUGGAUGGUUUGGAGGUUCUGACAAAAGAUGGAAGAAAAUGGAUAAGCUACAAGCCUUCCUCAGAAUCACAAAGUUUCAUUGUUAUGAUGAAUGAUUGUUUCCAUGCAUGGUCAAAUGGGAGGUUGCAUUCGCCCUUUCACCGAGUGAUGAUGACCGGGAACGAGGCUAGAUACUCUGCAACAUUAUUCUCUGUUCCGAAAGGAGGGUGUAUUAUAAAAGCACCUGAGGAGCUGGUGGAUGAGGAACACCCUCUGCUCUAUAAGCCUUUUGAUCGUGAAGAGUUCCUCAAACAUUCAUUUAAUAAAGAAAAAGGCAAGAGAGAUGAUCAAUUUGCUUUGCGUAGUUACUGUGGUGUUUGAACUGUUAUUGAUAAUGCACCAUGAUUGUGUUGUGCAUUCAAAUGUUCCCUAAGACAAAUUACCAUGGACUUAAUAAAGAACAUUUAUAGUAA